UCCACUCCUCGGCCAGACCAGCCAGAGCCAGAGCUUUUGACUUUCAAUCGCACCAGCCUCAGUUGGGGCCAGGUCCCCCAUCAACCCGCCCCAGUUCGUUCCCUUGUUGCGCGUUCCGUGCUGCAUCUCGAAAUCAACCGAAGCCUGUCGGUUUGUUUGUGCCAUUUUUUCUUGCCAAUUCGCGCCCCUCCAGUUCUCCUUCGCACUGCUCACACAAAGGCUUGCUUGCAAUGGCCUCGCAACCGAGCUUGAGCGGGAACUCCGCCUCCAACCCGAUCGGCAAGCUUCAAACUGGACCGGAUGCGCUGCGAAAGGAGGCCGAGUCCUCGGCCGAGUUCGAGAAGCUGCAGGAAGAGGCCAAGAUCAGGAGGCUACAAGCACUGCUAGCGGAGCAAAAUUCCCAGCCCACGACCAUCAACCGUCUCCAGGUUCACGGCGCUGCCAACACCAGACGAGGCUUCCUCGACCCCAUCUUCCAGCCGCUUUUGGCUGAGGACGUCAACGCCAACUCCACUCUCGGCCAAGUAGCCGCUCGUCUGGGCGAGGCCAGGGGAAAGCUUGAAAGGCUGGGCAUCUUUCACCCCGAUCCCAAGGUUCAUCUGAACGGCUCGAACCAGACCGACCCCUCGUCCACCCCGACCGAUGUCGACGUCGACGUCGUCGUCAAGGAGCUUCCCCGCUACAAGUUCAACGCUGGAACCGAUGUUGGAAACAGCGAGGGUUCCGCAUACACCUCUCUGCUCUGGCGCAACAUUUUUGGCGGUGCCGAGCAGCUCACUGUCAACGCCAGCGCCGGCACAAGAACCCGUUCCGCCUACAGCGCCACGCUCAGCGCGCCAGUCAAGAGCAACCCCGAUACGAGAAUUGCCCUCGAGGGAUUGGCCUCGGCGACCGACAAGUCAUGGGCAGCUCACGAGGAGGUCCUGAAGGGCGGCAACCUGCGCUUCUCUUGGCUGUCGGGUCCCAAAGACAUGCACUCCCUCGAGUACUCGGGCAUCUGGCGUCAGGUCACCGGCCUGCGUGACGGCGCCAGCCCCACAGUCCGCGCCGAUGCGGGCGAUUCCGUCAAGAGCUCCAUCAAGCACACAUACCAGCGCGAUGAGAGAGACAACCCGCAACUGCCGCAAAGCGGCUAUGUUCUGAAGUCCGUCUUCGAGCUGGCCGGCUUUGGCCCUCUGGGCGGUGAUGUCGCCUUUUCCAAGAACGAGGUGGAAGUUGGUGGCGCCGUGCCCAUCCCCAUUCCCGGCGUCGACGGACCCUCCGGCAUCUCUAUCGGCGGAGGUUUCCGAUUCGGCAUGCUGUACCCUCUCCCUCUUGGAUUCUCCUCAGGGGGAAAGGCCCAGCCCAGCCGCAUCAACGACAGAUUCCAGCUUGGCGGACCCACCGAUGUCCGCGGCUUUCAGUACGGUGGUCUCGGGCCUCACGACGGACCGGAUUCCGUCGGCGGAGACGUUUUCGCGGCUGGCAGCGUGAACAUGCUCUUCCCUCUGCCCUACAAGGGCCCCGACUCUGCCCUCCGCUUCCAAGUCUUUGCCAACGGUGGCAGACUCGUCGCAAUGAAGAGCAAGAGCAAGGGUGACGACGAGUCGCCCAAGGGCCUCGAUACCGGGAGCGUCGCCAACAGCGCGUGGAGAGCGCUGAACGAUCUCGCCACCGGUCUGCCGUCGACUGCCGCCGGUGUUGGUCUUGUUUACGCCCACCCUGUCGCCCGUUUCGAGCUCAACUUUAGUCUUCCGUUGGUGCUGAGACGCGGCGAGCAGGGCACCAAGGGAUUCCAGGUUGGUGUCGGCAUCAACUUCCUGUAGACACCCAGUCCCUCUCAUUCCCUGUAAUAUCUACUGUGUUAGCCCACAGCACAGCCUCCAAAAAGCCAAUCAUGUACAACCAGACUAUUAUAGAUGUUCCCAUUCCAGAGUUUAAUUGCAUCGAAACCAUGCCGUGUCGUCAGCAUCGCAGAGGUCCGCUUUUGCUCACCAGCCCAUCCGCAAAGUUGAUCAUAUCUUUGCUGGCGCCUCUCACCCAUCUGCUGCUGACUCAAGUUUGGUUCGCCAAGCCAGCGCGGCCGUGUUGUCAUUCCCGGCGACUGAUUGUCAGCCUAUCAGGGAAUCCUGGGAAAGCAUCAGAGCAUCCCUGCAGUGGUCUCCAGUACGACAUCACUUCCCCGAUAGGAAGUCGUACCACGCCACGGGCUACUUGAGCGUUUUUACACGAUGUGACAUGGUUCCCCUCACCCCGCCUUCUGUGCAAGCUCCCAU